UUAAAAUCUCUCAGAAGACACCUUCAGAUUCCAAGACUGAGCUGGGUGGUAUCACGAAGAUGUUCCGGUUCUUUCCAGCCACCUCAUAGAACACACAGUGGGGAACAUUCAAUGAAAACCAGGCAACAUAUUGUGACCGUUAAGAACACUGAGGCCAGGCAGCAGAGGACCACAGACAUCAGCCCACAGCAUCAUGGAAGAGGCUGACUUUUCAGAAGACACAACCUAUAAACAACAAGAGGACUUGCCUUAUGAUGGGGACUUCUCUCAGAUGAAGACGUGCAGUUCUUACAACUUUACCUCAACAAAUGACACUCUGGCUGUCCCAGAAGAAGUUGUUUUGUCAGAAGAGCCCCAGGAAAAGGGUGCAUGCUGUGAAAUGUGCCAGAAAGCAGCUGUGGUCAUGACUUCCGAUAAGAUCACUGAAAGUGUUGUCAGCAACGGGCACCAUAAAGAUAAACAGUGUGCCUUGGCUUCUUGUGUCCCAGCUAGUAAAGGAGAAGCCUCCAAGUCACACAUUUCAGAUAUUUUACUCCAUCAUCUCUCCAGGGAGUACUUCUUGAGGGGGCAAGGCAUUGGCUAUGAAACUCUCCCAGAGACCUUGAAGGCUCACAGUCUUGGUGGUGCGGCUAUUCUUACAAACGUCAUUUCAUGUUAUGCAAAGAAUUAUUGCCCCAAAGAACAAACCCUGGCAUCCACUGACCAACCCAGUCCCAAAAGUGGUGCAGAAAAUAGCCAUAAGCCCAAUUUCUCUCCAGGCACAGCAGGAGAAAGCACCUCUCCUUUAGAAAAGCCAGUGACUGCUGGGCAGAACAACCAUCAAGAAUAUCCAAGCUUUUUAAAUAGAAAUAAAGAUCCAGGUGAUAAACAAAAAAACUGCCAAGGGCAGCAGAGACAGCUGACUGAAAAAGCAAGUUCAGGCACCCGGCUCAAAUACAGCCAAGGUCAAGUGCAUUACCAACUUCAAGACUUUUCUAAGGUUGCUCCCAAAGUGAAAAUCCCUAGAAAUGCCAUAACUAAUAAACUACUCACAAUAGUUAACCAAGCCAAAUGUUCUCCUAGGUUGAGAAAUAAAUCAAUAGUUGUGCAAGACAAUUUAGGAACUAUGUCUGUGCCAAAUUGUGUUGAAAAGCAACAAUCAGAGCAAAACAGGAAAUUUAUUGAACUUUCACAACAAACUCAGAUGGAGCCUGCCACACACACCUGCCAAGAAGCUCUCACAGGAGUCGAAUUUGAGAAAUGUCACUUGAAGUCGAUCCCAACAACCCAGAAAGAUACUUCCCUAAAUUCUUACAUAUUUCAAAAGAUCUUCCAAGGAAAACAGAUGUGCCAGAAACUGAAAGAACAGACUGACCAACUGAAGACUAAGGUACAAGACUUUUCCAGACGAAUAAAACAGGACUCUCUCUGUCAUUUGCAAGACAUAAGACUGAUGACCAAGGAGCACACUGGCUGUCUUCCAGGACCCUGGAGCUCAAGAAGUGGAGUGACAGGGCUGCCAAGGGCACAGGAAGUCACCUCCAAGGAGCUCAGUGAGCUGGCCCCAAAGAUGAAACAGAAAGUGGAGAAAGGGAACCCCAAAAGAACCCACUGCAUGAAGUUUUCCAGUGCCACCCAUGUAAAAACACUGAACCAAGACUCACCUCUCGGUUCUGACCCGGGGCCCAGCUUCCCUCCUGAUUCUGGCACUGGGCUACAGAGAAACAAAUGUGAGGACAGUGGCAGUGAGGCUAGGAACUCCCAGAGAGUCUGCACUGAAGAACCACCAAGAGAAUUUCAUUACAGAUACGACACUCCGGGGCAGGAUGACUUAAAUCACAGUGGAGGAUAUACCUCUGUCCAGUCCCACUCCUUACAUGAAAAUAAAAUGUCUUCAUCUUCUUGUUCAACAUCUAAGUGGACCUGUUUCCAGGGAGUAAACUCAGAACCCUUUCAAGACGAACAUGAUUCCACGACAGGAAAACAUCCCAAGACUUACCUGACCUGUAACACAGACCCUGCAACACCCUCACCCCACCUCUGUUUCCUCAAGAUUCCUGGGAUCCAAUCCUUAUGUGAUGGGAAUAGCGUGGAAGAAACGGAAUCUAAGAUUUUAAACUCGGCUUUGGAUCAUGCCUUAAAGACAGCAACCAUAUUGAAAAAAACCACUGACCAAAUGGUUAAAUCCAUUGCAGAAGACCUCGCCAAAGCACAUCGAUGCAGGUACCAACUAAAACCCUGCUAAUGUGACCAAAGGUCAUAUGUUUGGUCUUCUUCUCCAGAGUAUUUUACUGAGGACACAAUGUAGGAAGAUGGCCUUCUAGAAAAAACACUAAAACUGUAAGAAAUGAACCAUACGAAGGGCUUAAAU